AUGGUGGAAAUUACGUUGCUAAUCCCAUUUCUUGCCUUCUUAUCAUUUACUGCUGUCAUAUUUAACACUGUCGCGAUUCUCGCGAUACGAAGAACGUUAAGUUUAUCAAAGAAUUUUAAAAUAUUGCUCCUGAAUCUGGCUGUAGCUGAUGCUGGUGUUGGUUUAAUAUCACAACCGUUGAAUCUUGCAAUUUUCAUUAUGGAGAAUGAAAAUCAUCACUUUAAAUACUUGCCGGAAUUAGAAAAGAUCUACAAUAGUACAAACAAUUUACUUUCUGUUGCUUCGUUCCUUGGUGUUACCGCAAUAGCUGCUGAUAGAUUCCUGGCAGUUUACCUUCAUCUCAGAUACGAGGAGCUUGUGACUAAUAAACGUGUUGCCUCUGCAGUGGCCGCAAUUUGGACGGUCAGCGUAAUAAUUGCACUACUUCAGGAGUGGGAAGAAAAUAUAGCCUUUGCUAUCAUGGCCACAUUUUUCAUCAUUUGUCUCACUGUUAUUGCAUUAUUUUACUUUAAGUUACAUUUGGUUGUAAAAUACCAUACAGAGCAAAUUAUGGCCCAGCAAAUACAAUGCAGAGAAAAUAAUGACAAACUGGAAUGGCUGAACGCUGAAAGGCAGAAAAGGUCUGCGGUUAUGAUAUUCUUUGUAUAUCUUGCGCUUUUGAUUUGCUAUUUGCCAACCACAAUUUUACAUACCAUUUAUUCAGUAGGUAUUGACAGUCCACCGAUCUUUCAAGUUUUUGAAGUUAUUUGUGACAUACUAUUUGUGCUAAAUUCAUCCCUUAACCCUCUAAUUUAUUGUUGGAAGAUGAAGCAUAUUCGAUAUGCGGCCAAGGCCAUACUGGGUUUUUGA